AUGAUGGCAAAGAGAAACAUAUACGAGGAGGAUGUCGACUUCGCUGUCUUGGCCCUUCAAUCUCCUGCUUUCAAUAAAUAUUUGAAAUCGAACGGACAGCUGGAUUUCAGCAACCCGGACGCAGUACAACAGCUCACGAAAAGCCUGCUGGAGCGAGAUUUUGGCAUCAAGCUCGACCUACCUGAUGACCGUCUAUGCCCGCCAGUCCCUAAUCGGUUUAAUUACAUCCUAUGGAUCCAGGAUCUGCUCGAUACUACCAGCAACAGAUACAGCGACCGCUAUGAUGCCGAGCGGACGGUUACUGGACUUGACAUAGGAACUGGAGCAAGCUGCAUUUACCCUUUGCUUGGCUGUUCUCAGAGGCCGAAGUGGAGAUUUGCUGUCACCGAUAUCGAUGAGAAGAACAUGACCUAUGCCAAGCGCAACAUUCUCCAAAACAAUCUCAAAUCCCGGAUACGUCCUCUUCAAACCCAGCCAAAUGAUCCACUGGUACCUCUUGACGCGUUUGGCCUCAGAAGCAUUGACUUUACUAUCUGCAACCCGCCAUUCUACUCUUCUACCUCCGAUCUCCUGUCGUCAGCCGCCGCAAAGUCCAGGCCACCAUGCUCAGCCUGUACAGGUGCUGAUGUUGAGAUGGUCACACCUGGAGGCGAGGUUGCAUUCGUGAGCCGGAUGAUCGACGAGAGUAAGGUACUCAAGGACCGCUGCCAAUGGUACACUAGCAUGCUAGGGAAAUACAGCAGCGUUGAGAUUGUUGUUGGGAAUCUGAGAGGCGCGGGUGUCGACAAUUGGGCGGUCAAAGACCUGGUGCAAGGGAAUAAAACGAGACGCUGGGCUGUAGCAUGGAGUUGGGGAAGUAUGCGGCCAAGUCACGACGCUGCAAGAGGUACCUCUACACUUCCCAAGCAUCUACUCCCUUUUCCUUCAGAGUCCUCGUUUACUGUCGAGACAUCAAUCGAGAGCUGUUCACAUCGUCUGAACGCCACGCUUCAAGCGCUUGAACUACGAUGGCAGUAUCGCCCAAUUAUGGCCACAGGGGUUGGCUUUGCCAAAGGAAGUGUUUGGUCCCGAGCAGCAAGGCGCAAGCAGCAACAGAGUCCUACCGACUCUGUGGAAAAAGACCAGGCCAUGGAUCAGGAUGAUGAAAACGGCGAACCAGCCCUCGGCUUCAAGAUUCAGCUAAGGAAGGAGAAUCAGGGUGGAGUUGGAGUCAUGGUCCGAUGGUUGCAGGGCAGAGACAGCGUGCUUUUCGAGAGCUUUUGUGGAAUGCUGAAACGGCAGCUCAAGGCAUCAUGA